AUGCGUUCUCUCCUCAUCUUUGCCGCGGCCGCUCCCGCACUCGUCCUUGCUGCACCAGAAGUGCCUCCCAAGAUCACAUCGUUGAAGUUUUCUGGCUCAGGCUGCCCCAACAACUCUGGCUCCGUGAAGAGCACAAGUGGUGUCCUGGGUGAUAGCGCUACUUUCACUUUCGGCCAGCUCCGCGGCGACAACACAGACAACUGCGAAAUCCACAUCCAGUCCACCGGCGCAUCCCAGGGAUGGCAAGCUGCAGUCAAGGAGGUGGAAUACCAGGGCAAUGUCGCGUUGGCGCCUAGCUCGCAGUUGGAUACGAUUACGCAGACGUUUUGGAGUGACCACGCUGCCGAUACUAGCACCUUGAAGGCUUCCAUUCCUUGCACCGGCCCGGCCAUCAAGGACGCCGUCACCAUCAAGUCGAGCACGAACGACCUCACUUGGUCGAAAUGCACCGGCGCGGACGGAAACCCCGGCAUACUAAACGUCAACUUCCGACCGGUCGUGCAGGGCGCCAGCGGGACCUAUGACUUCAAGCAGGCCAGCUGGGGUCUUGUCUGGAGGAAGUGCUAG